AGCCACCUGGAGCCCGAGCGGCCCUACCGCUGCGACUUCCCCGGCUGUGAAAGGACAUUCAUCACAGUGAGUGCGUUAUUCUCCCAUAAUCGAGCCCACUUCAGAGAGCAAGAGCAGUUCUCCUGCUCGUUCCCUGGCUGUAACAAGCAGUAUGACAAAGCUUGCCGGCUGAAAAUCCACAUGAGGAGUCACACAGGUGAAAGGCCUUUUAUCUGCGACUUUGAAGGUUGUGGCUGGUCUUUCACCAGUAUGUCCAAGCUGCUGAGACAUAAAAGGAAACACGAAGAUGACAGGAGAUUUAUGUGCCCGGUGGAAGGCUGUGGGAAGUCCUUCACAAGAGCAGAACACUUGAAAGGCCACAGUAUAACUCACCUGGGUACAAAACCAUUUGAGUGUCCAGUGGAAGGUUGUUGUGCAAAAUUUUCAGCACGAAGUAGUCUGUAUAUUCACUCCAAAAAACAUCUUCAGGAUGUGGACUCCUUAAAGACUCGUUGCCCUGUGUCGAGCUGUAAUAAAUUGUUCACUUCCAAACACAGCAUGAAGACACACAUGGUCAAACAGCAUAACUUCAGCCCAGAUCUCCUCACUCAGCUCGAAGCAAGCAGCUCCCUCACACCCAGCAGCGAACUCAGUAGCCCGGGACAGAGCGAUCUGAGCAGCAUAGACCUCGUGUCCCUGUUCUCCAGCGUGCCCAGCAACAGCUCUGGGCUGGCAGCCGACAUGGCGCUGGUCAACUCGGGGAUUGUCACCAUCGACGUGGCGUCGGUGGGCUCCACGCUGGGAGGAAACCUGCCUGUCAGUAACAGCUCCUUGAGCCAGGCGGUCGACCCCUUGAUACUGGUGGCCAGCAGCGAUAUGCCGCAGAGCCUGGACAGUUCUCUCUUGCUGGGAACUGGCGCAACAGUUCUACAGCAAAGCACUUUAAAUUUGGAUGACGUGCAGACCGUCAAUGCGGAAGCCUUGGGUUCCCUGGCUUCUCUGUCGGUGAGGAACUCCAGCCAAGAUGUGCAUGGUUUGACCUCCAGCAAUAAUUUAACAAUCGACACAGCCACUUUGACUCCUUCUAGUAGCCUUGGUGGUACCAACGUGCCUGAGUUACUAACGCCAACUAAAGUGGAACGGAACCUGCUUCCUAGCUCGGAUGUUGUUGGUCAGCAAGAGGGCAGCAAAGUAGUGACACAGUUUGUCUUCUCCAACCCUCCAGGGAGCUACAGUGCACAGAAAGAAAUGGAUCUUGGCACAGUGACUGGCAGCUCGUUUUUGGAGAGCAGUGGGUCUGCGAGAACAGACUACAGAGCCAUUCAGCUAGCCAAGAAAAGAAAGCAAAAAGGGAAUGGGAGCAGCACAGGGGCCUCUGGCUCUGGUCAGAGGAAAAGCAAGGGUGGUAAAGUAAGCCCUACUGCCUUUUCAUCAUCUGCUCCUGGCAGUCGACUGGGUGGCAACGUAGUUCUGCCAAAUGGAGGGCUGACAAUAAGGGACCCUGCCACUGGAGCCCAGUAUGUGCAAAUUCAGCUUCUUCAGGAUGAUUCCCCGGGAGAGGGAGAUUUGCCCUUUCAGCUGAGCUCUCAGUCCUCCACGUCACAUUCGCAGCUUACAGUGGACUUACCUGUUCACAUACUUCAGGAACCACACAAUUCCACUGAAGAUGAUGCAGGUUCUGAUAAUUCUCAGUUCACUGGAAGCACGAUAAACUUACAGGAUCUGGAAUGACCAUUAUUAAGAACAGCUGCUUGAAAACAAACUGGGCAAUCACGUCUUGACAGUGAGAUAACUGUGUGGGUCUUCUUCUAAGGAAAACAGGAAAACUUGGAGUACUGCAUUGUGGUUGCACUCUUUGCAAGUUGCUAAGGACAGUUGCAGCAGAAAGAUUUUCUUUAAAAAUGUAAAUCCCACUCGAUGUGCCUGUGUCAGAUA